UUUAAAUUCUCACGCAGAUUAUCACGCGAUUGAGUAAGUCGCCAAAAAUUGGUUAAUACAGAUUUCAGAAGCAAAUAGAAGUUUGCGCAACAGCAAAGUCCCGAUCGGUAUUCAACAACAAUGCCGGCCGUUAUCGGUUAUUAUAUUUUUGCUGGAACGGCACCCAGUGAUAGAGACGCGUCUAUAUAAGAGGCGGAAAAUGUAAAAGUAGGUUUAGUAGACGUUUCGCUUACCGAAUUGGGUUAUAUCGACGUUCCGUUCGCAUUACCUAUCCCGCAGCGACAAUGCCUAAGUCGAAAGCUCACAAUCACGAGAACCAUCACAACGGAACACACAACGAAAUUCACGUGGACGGCGACGGCAUACACGUGGAUAUUCACAGUGACGUAUUUUCCGAAAACCACAAACACAGGUACACGUACGAAACGCUCCAAGAGACAGCCCAGUACAUAAACGCGAGGAUACCAUUUUCCCCUCAAGUCGGAAUCAUAUGCGGUUCCGGAUUAGGUACGGAUCUGAUAGGUUCACUGGCGGACGGAUUCGAGCACCCGACAGAGAUCUCGUACGCGUCGAUACCGAAUUUUCCACGGAGCACGGUCAAAGGUCACGCCGGAUCUUUCGUGUUCGGUCAUCUGGAAGGGAUAGCGACGGUAUGCAUGAAAGGCAGGUUCCACUACUACGAGGGGUAUCCUCUGUGGAAAUGCUGCAUGCCCAUACGAUUGAUGAAGCUGCUGGGAGUGUCGCACCUAAUCAUAACGAAUGCCGCCGGCGGUCUCAACCCCAAGUUCAGAGUGGGAGACAUAAUGUUCGUCAAGGACCACAUAAAUCUCAUGGGAUUUGCGGGCAAUAAUCCGCUGCAGGGGCCGAACGACGAAAGGUUCGGUCCCAGAUUCCCGCCGAUGAAUAAGGCUUACAACAGAGAGAUCAUUAAUUCGGCUAAAAAGGUGGCGGUCGAGGCAGGGUUAGGAGAUUACAUCCACGAAGGCGUCUACACCUGCUUGGGCGGUCCGAAUUUCGAAACCGUUGCCGAACUCAGGGCGCUGAAAGCGCUAGGUGCCGACGCAGUGGGGAUGUCGACGGUGCACGAAGUGAUCACGGCGAAUCACUGCGACAUGACAGUUUUUGUGUUCAGUUUAAUCACGAACGAGUGCGUGACUGAUUACGAGAAACACAACGAGCCGAACCACGAGGAAGUCAUCGACGCGGGUCGAAAACGCGAAGAAACUCUGAGGAAGUUCGUCGGGCAGCUGCUGAAGAAAGUUUUUCAGCCCAUGUUAAAUUCGAAAUGAACGAAAAGAGACGGCAAGUGUUGUUAAAAAUCUGACGUCAGCGAUUGAGGUUGUGUUGUACCUGUAAUUUAAAUAAUAAUUUAAAUUCCGAACUCUAGUUUGGCUUAGUUAUUACAUAAGUUAUUUAUUUAAUGAGCUGUACAAACCUUAAAAAUAAAAAAGCGUAAUUG